AGGAAAAGAAGGAGCUGUGGUUUGGCGGCCCGUUGCCUUGGGGCUGCCUGCGGCCGGGAGCCUGCGGACGUGCCGGCCGAGCGAUCGGCGUUGCGAAGGAACGGCAGCCGACUCGCUGGCCCUGUUUUCCCGGUUCUUGCAACUUCAGCCCUUUCGGUAACGAUUGCCGAGAGCUGCCUGGAAACGGUGCUUUCUCAGAAGCUGUUUUUUUUUUUAGGUGCUUAAAACUUGGCACUGCAGCGUUUUUUUCCUUCCGCUUUAAAACUAAGCCAGCUAAAGCGCUCCCUCUCGAGCCUAGCGGCUCUUCCGACGCGCUGCACGCAAAUAAAGCGCGCUUUUCUCCGUGCGAUGCUCUGCGCAGCCGCUCGUGCAAGCGCCCGGCCGCCCCUCGCGCCGGGUUUCUCCCCCGGGAUUUCCCAGACGGGCGGGUUUCCCGGGCCCCGGAGGAGCCGCGACGUUGCUUCUUCGGACCCUGCUGCUUCGGGCUGCUGCGGGAGGAGGUGGCCCAGCUCCAGGAGGAGGUUCACCUGCUGCGGCAGAUGAAGGAGAUGCUGGCGAAAGACCUGGAGGAGACGCCCGGCGGCAAGUCCACCGAGGUCCUCUCCGCCACCGAGCUCAAGGUGCAGCUGGCGCAGAGGGAGCAGGAGCUGGCGCGAGCCAAGGAGGCUCUGCAGGCCAUGAAGGCCGACCGCAAGCGCCUCAAGGCCGAGAAGACGGACCUGGUGAGCCAGAUGCAGCAGCUCUACGCCACGCUGGAGAGCCGCGAGGAGCAGCUCCGCGACUUCAUCCGCAACUACGAGCAGCACCGGAAAGAGAGCGAGGACGCGGUGAAAGCGCUGGCCAAGGAGAAGGACCUGCUGGAGCGGGAGAAGUGGGAGCUGCGCCGGCAAGCCAAGGAGGCGACGGACCACGCCAGCGCCCUCCGCUCCCAGCUGGACCUCAAGGACAACCGCAUGAAGGAGCUGGAGGCCGAGCUGGCCAUGGCCAAGCAGUCGCUAGCCACGCUGACCAAGGACGUCCCCAAGCGGCACUCGCUGGCCAUGCCGGGCGAGACGGUGCUCAACGGCAACCAGGAGUGGGUGAUGCAAGCCGACCUGCCGCUCACGGCCGCCAUCCGGCAGAGCCAGCAGACCCUCUACCACUCGCACGCCCAGCACUCGGCAGAGCGGCAAGCCGUCAGAGUGAGCCCCUGCCAUUCGCGGCAGCCCUCCAUCAUCUCCGACGCGUCCGCCGCCGAAGGCGACAGGUCGUCGACGCCGAGCGACAUCAACUCGCCGCGGCACCGAACGCACUCGCUCUGCAACGGGGAUAGUCCUGGACCGGUACAGAAGAACUUGCACAACCCAAUUGUACAGUCUCUAGAGGACCUCGAAGACCAAAAACGAAAAAAGAAGAAAGAGAAGAUGGGCUUCGGCUCCAUCUCCAGGGUAUUCGCCCGAGGGAAGCAGCGGAAAUCGCUAGACCCGGGUCUCUUUGACGGUACGGCCCCCGACUAUUACAUAGAGGAAGACGCGGACUGGUGACCCCCUUCCCGGCCGGCAGCCCGCCUCCGGCUGCCGGCACGCGCGCGUGCCCGAGUGUCUGUGUGCGCGGAUGGGUCCAGCCCGGAGAGCAGCGGGAGCCGCCCCCAGCCCGUGUACAUACUGCGCGCCAAGCCCCGGGUGGACGUGUUCACUGUUGUCUUUGGAGCGGUGCGGUCGUGUCGUAACUCUCUCACUUCCUUAGGGCUUUUAGGUUUUUUUUUCCUUUUUUUUUUUUUUUCCUUUUUUUUUGUUUUGGUUUUGUUCCGGUAACUCUUUCCUCCGUUGUUGCUUCAAUUUGUUUGUUUUGGAGUUUGGAUUUUGUCGUCGUCGUCGUUUUCCUCGUUCUUUUUACAAAACUUGAAACUUGAAGGACUGCUGUGUAUUUGUAAAUAACGGAAAUAUUGUGCACUUUGUGCUCGUGACGUCUCUUGUCCAAAACGCUGUUCUCUUGAGCCCAUGCUGGCGGCGCGUUGUGAACGCGGCACGGUCCCGGGGCCGGCUCUUGGCGACGACGGCAUCCCCUUCGCAGGGUGCACCCAGCUUACCUAGGGAAGGACAACAGCAGGCUCUGCCUGUCCACAGGGACCUUAAAAAGGAAAAGAAAAAAAAAAAGAAGAGAAAAGAAAGAAAAAAGUCUCAUUCCAUACGCUGUCUUCCUGGCCAAAACCCGAGGAGGCAACCUGGGCUCUUUUUCCUGCCUGCCAGUCUGGAAUAAUUGUUUUAACUUGCAUUUUGUUGUUUAAUUUAUUUGCACAAAAUCCAGAAGAGCUAUUCUAACUAAA